AAAAAUUCGAUGAAUCACAGAAACGCCCUGCGAUUGGUUGCGGCUCUGGUGACGUCACAUGCAAGUAAACAAACAUCGCGUUGAACCUCCAACUACUUCGGUGGAAUGUCAUUGGAAAAAGCCAACAUUGUCAAGAGUAGGGACUACUCUGAAGUACAUCACGGUGCAGCAGAUGUCGAAAAAGGAAGUACCGCACAGACCAAGUACAUCAGCACUUUACACAGACUUUGUUUUGGAAGCCAAAGAAAGAAAACUUCAACACUGUGAAUUGAUAAAAUAUCAGGACGAUUUUAAACACUCAAAUGUUAUGCGGUAUUCGCUGCACUGUUUCAUAAUGGACCAACCACCAAAAAUUCAAGCAGACGUAGACAAUCUUGUAGACAUAAUGAAGACAACAUUCAACAGAGCUGCUAUCAGUGCAAUUGAAGAAGCAACAAGAAUGCAGUACAAGACCAGCUUGUGGUAUGAGAUGAGAUAUGGCCGUAUCACAGCUUCAAAGGCACAUGAAGUGAGCGUAUGUCAUACACCUGAUGGUUCAUUGGUUGCUACUAUAAUGGGCGCAAAAAUACCAGAUACUAUUGCAAUGAAAAGAUGUAGAAGUUUGGAGCUAUCUGUCCGGAAGACAAUUAGUACAACAUUGAACAAAAAAAUCAGAACAUGUGGACUUUAUGUAUGCCAAGACAAUCCCAUGCUUGCAGCAUCUCCUGAUGGUUUAUUGAAAGAUGCCAUUGUUGAAAUAAAAUGCCCUACCAAAGCAAAAGCUAAGAACAAUUAUUUAAAAAAUUGA